AUGCCUCCCAGAAGACAAGCAGGCAGGCCGAGAAGGUACGCGCAAGUACCAGAGCAGGUACCUAGGAGAGACCAGGCUGGGGGAGCAGGAGCACAACCGCCACCUCCUCCACCACCGCCUCCUGCAGUGCCGGAGAGGCGAGUGGAAGAAACAUUUCUCAAACAGAACCCACCUGUGUUCAAUGGUCUGGGAAAUCCUGCUGCAGCAGAGACCUGGGUGCGUGCGAUCGAGCGCAUCUUUGAUUUUCUUCGGUGCACCGACAGAGAGCGACUCUCAUGUGUGAAGUUUCAGCUGGUUGAGUCCGCCGACUUCUGGUGGGAAGCCAGGCGAAAAGUUAUGACUCGUGAACAGUUGGAGCACCUGACCUGGGAGGAGUUUAAGAAUGAGCUGUACGGCAAGUACAUCCCCAAGAGCUACCGCAAGGCCAAAGAGGUGGAGUUUUACAGUUUGAAACAGGGAAAGAUGACAGUGACCGAGUACGAUAGGUUGUUCUGUGACAUGUCACGCUAUGCGCCUGAACUAGUAGACACGGACGAGAAAAUGGCCGAAAAGUUUUGUACUGGCCUGAGAUCGGAAAUAAGAAUGGCUCUGGCCAGUCAUGGAGGUCUGUCUUAUGUCGAGUCAUUGGGCCGGGCCCUGGACAUUGAGGCAGCUAUGCCCAAAGAGAGGCCGACGACACAUGUCACCACUGCUCCACCGCCGCCACAGCAGCGGUUCCCUCGAGAAAAGAGGAAAUGGGAAGGAGACCGAGUCCCGACUGAUGCUAAGAAACCACAGUUUGCCCCUAAGCCACAGCAGAACCGUUGGUACCAAACUGCCCCGACUCCAGCUGCGGAGCGCGGAGCCCAGGCACCUCUAUGUGCGAGAUGCUCGAAGAGACAUGACGGCGAGUGUAAGGCCGGGACUGGUGGAUGUUUCCACUGCGGGCAGAAGGGACAUUUUGCCAGAAACUGCCCGAGCAAGGCGACUGGAAUGGGAGGACAGCGUCCGCAACUGCGGGCACUCCAGGUUGAACCAAGGAGAGAGAAUGCGAUGCUCCCUGCACCACGUCCUCAGCGACAGCUACGCCCGAGACUUCCCCCACAGGCAAGAGCCUUCGCACUGCAGCAGAAGCAGGCCAGGGCCGAGGAAGGGAAACGGGAGCAAGGCAAUUUGGCAGGUAUGGGAACUCUCCUCAACGUACCAAUCGCCCUUUUGUUUGAUACCGGUGCAUCACACUCUUUUAUAUCAACAUCUUGUGUGGAUACUUUGAACUUGCCUACGGAUGUGAUGGAACAUAGUAUGAGGGUGUCCUCACCCGUAGGAGGCCUGAUAGAUAUCACACGAACGUGCUCAAACAUAAAAUUUUCCAUGGGAAACCUGAACCUAGUAGCUCAUAACUUACAUGUGAUGUUGAUGUGGAGCGUCGACAUUAUACUAGGAAUGGAUUGGUUAGCCGAGAACUACGCCACAAUCCGUUGUAAGGAGAGACAGAUAGCGCUACAAUACCCUGGGACAGAACCCGUAAUGUUUCAUGGGAUCUCCAUGAGGAAACGAAAAUCGAUUAUUUCUGCCCUACAAGCAACAACCAUGAUGAGGAAAGGAUGCCCUGCAUACCUCGUCUUUUUGAACGAAGAAGAGAAAAAGGACAAGAAAAUUGAGGACGUGGCAAUAGUACGAGAAUAUCCUGAUGUAUUCCCAGAAAAGCUACCAGGCUUGCCACCAAACAGGCAAUUGGAGUUCAGCAUCGAUCUGGAACCAGGAUCAGCUCCAAUAUCAAAGGCGCCUUACAGAAUGUUAAGGAUGUGUAUCGACUAUCGAGAGCUGAACAAAAUAACCCUCAAGAACAAGUAUCCUUUACCGAGAAUCGACGACCUCUUCGAUCAGCUGCAAGGAGCUGGAGUGUUCUCGAAGUUGGAUUUGAGAUCGGGUUAUCACCAGUUGAGAGUUCGACAAGACGAUAUACCAAAGACUGCGUUCCGCACCAGAUAUGGCCAUUAUGAAUUUACGGUAAUGCCUUUUGGGCUUACCAAUGCUCCAGCUGUGUUCAUGGACCUAAUGAACCGCGUGUUCCACCCGUACCUGGACAAGUUCGUUCUGGUCUUCAUAGAUGAUGUGCUCAUCUAUUCGAAGAACGAAAAGGAACACGAGGAACAUUUGAGAGCCACCUUGGAAACGUUAAGAGCCGAGAAACUCUAUGCUAAGUUCAGCAAGUUGACAGCAGAAGGGAUCCGAGUAGACCCCGCUAAAGUUGAAGCCGUGCAACGUUGGCAGUCACCAGCAACGCCCAAUGAAAUUCGAAGUUUCCUAGGACUGGCAGGAUACUACCGAAGAUUCAUUGAGGGGUUUUCUAAAAUAGCAAGGCCGAUGACUCAACAACUCAAGAAAGGAGUUAAAGUCAACUGGACCCCAGAAUGUGAAGCAAGUUUCCAAUUGCUUAAGGAAAAGUUGACCACAGCGCCGGUGCUAGCCGUACCAGAGGCGGGAGUCGACUAUGUGGUUUGA